AUGAACGCGCCAGAUCGUUUCGAGCUCUUCUUGCUGAGCGAAGGGGAGAAGAGGAUCGAGGAGAAGGUGUACUCUGGCAUGUCCAACACGUCAGAUUUUAUUUUGAACAAGGAGGAUCAUACGCUGGGUAACCUCCUCUCUGAGCACAUCAAGGCUCACCCUAAUGUCUACAUGGCUGGCUACAAGCUCGGCCACCCCAAUGUCCCUCAGCUCUUUAUCCGCGUCCAAACAGACGGUACCAAAACUCCCCGCGAGGUAUUCACCGCCGUCUGCGAAAAGCUCAUCAACCAGCUAGAAUCAUUACACCAAGAAUUCACACGUGAAUGGGAACUCCGUCGCAUCACCAACACUGGAGAGCAGGGCAACAUGCAAGGGAAUGGUUUCUAA